UAUACUGCUUGAAGACAGCAUGUCACUUGUGUACUAAAUGAUUUAUAAGUUUGGAUAUAACAGAGACGGUCAUUUCUUCUAGGUCAUUCUUAGUCAGUGGUUUUGCAAGUCAUUGUCUGUCUUGCCCUAAUUCUCUUCCUCUUUCUCUCUGAGACACAGACUUCCGGGUCUUCUUACAGUACCAUAUUUGCAUUUCUAAUUCAUUGCAAUUAAGUUUUAUUUAUAAUUAAAGACCCACACUUUAAAGAACCAGACUUGUUGCAUGAAGUCAGUAACUUGAGCAUGCAAUGAUAAUGAUACUGAUACUGAAAUGUCAUUGAGCAUGCAAUGAGCAUACAAGGAUACUGACAUGUCACUGAGCAUGCAAUGAGCAUACAAGGAUUCUGACAUGUCACUGAGCAUGCAAUGAGCAUACAAGGAUUCUGACAUGUCACUGAGCAUGCAAUGAGCAUACAAGGAUUCUGACAUGUCACUGAGCAUGCAAUGAGCAUACAAGGAUACUGACAUGUCACUGAGCAUGCAAUGAGCAUACAAGGAUACUGACAUGUCACUGAGCAUGCAAUGAGCAUACAAGGAUACUGACAUGUCAUUGAGCAUGCAAUGAGCAUACAAGGAUACUGACAUGUGAUUAGGAAGUGCAAAUGAAAAAGUCACUUAUUGUUCAAUAAAAUGAAUGAACUAGCAGAUUUGUUAUCAAAGACCUGACACAGGGGUACUUCUCAAUCAGUCAAUGUGAGGUGUAGGGCACUGUGUGUGUGUGUGUGUGUGUGUGUGUGUGUGUGUGUGUGUGCGCGCGCGUGUGCAGGCUAUAUAAGCGGCUCGGACCGUUUUAUUUUUGGAGUGUGACAUUCUCGCUGCCCUUUAGCGUGCUGCAGUUUGUGCUCGCGCCCGCGUGCACCGGAACAUAGUGUUGUUGCAUCAUGGACUGAUUCGGACGUCUUAGAAAAGCAAGAAAUCGGACCUACACUUGAGCUAAAACAGCAGAGAAUACUGAUGCGGUAAGGUUGCUUGGAUAAUCUGUGAAACCAUCAUCAUGACCAAAGACGACGAGAUCCCAGACUGGGUGGGAGCUCAGGAGUUCUACGAAAAAUAUGAUCCCAAGGAGAUCCUCGGAAGGGGAGUUAGCAGCGUGGUCCGACGCUGUGUAAAUAAACGCACGUCUCAGGAAUACGCAGUCAAAAUCAUCGACAUAACACCAUCAGAUAAAAUGACACCUCAGGAAAUUGAGGAGAUCAGGGAAGCCACGGUGAAAGAGAUCGAGAUCCUGAGGAAAGUGUGUGGGCAAAAGAACAUAAUUCAGCUGAAGGACUGCUAUGAGACAAAAGCCUUCUUUUUCUUGGUCUUUGACUUGAUGAAAAAAGGAGAGUUGUUCGAUUAUCUCACUGAGAAAGUUACCCUGAGCGAGAAAGAGACAAGAAAGAUUAUGCGUGCAUUGCUAGAAGUGGUCAGCUUCCUUCACUCCCAGAACAUAGUUCACAGAGACCUGAAGCCUGAGAACAUCCUCCUGGAUGACAACAUGAACAUCAAACUGACCGAUUUUGGCUUCGCCGUCCAGAUUGCGCCGCAGCAGAAACUCAAUGAGGUAUGUGGAACACCGGGUUAUUUGGCUCCAGAAAUCAUUGAAUGCUCCAUGGAUCCUCAUCAUCCAGGCUAUGGCACUGCAGUGGAUAUCUGGAGUGCUGGCGUGAUCAUGUACACACUGCUGGCCGGAUCUCCUCCGUUUUGGCACAGGAAACAGAUGCUGAUGCUGCGCAUGAUCCUGGCAGGAAACUUCCAGUUCACAUCGCCAGAGUGGGACGAUCGCUCAGACACUGUCAAAGAUCUGAUCUCCAAAAUGUUGGUUGUGAAUCCAGAGCAGCGAUACACAGCCAUCGAUGCCUUAAAUCACCAAUUCUUUCAGCAGUAUGUGGUCGAGGAGGUGCGAUAUUUCAGUCCGUACAGGAAGUUUAAAGUCAUCUGUUUGACCGUCCUUGCUUCAGUGCGCAUUUACUGCAACUAUCGUCGUGCAAAACCCGUCACCAAGGAUGUGAUCAAGAGUGACCCCUAUGCAGUGAAACCAAUUCGCAAACUCAUCGAUGCCUGUGCAUUCAAGAUCUACGGACACUGGGUGAAGAAAGGCCAGACGCAGAACAGAGCGGCCUUAUUCGAGAACAGUCCAAAGGCCUUUUUACUCUCUAUAGCAGCCGAGGCUGAAAAUUCAUCAUUGCGUACGUGGUAGACGAAAACGAGACAGCUGAAAUGAAGGAAACUGGAAAAUAAGAAAGUGGCUUGAUCGAGAAUGUUGCAAAUCCUUUUUUCUGGAAUGUGUUGCUAUGUUAAAUUCAGGAAACUGACUUUUUUUUGCAAUGGUAAAUGUGCAAAUAUUGUUUAGUUAUAAUUUAUUUGAAAGUAAGUAGAGCAACUCUGAGUUGUAUUGUAAAAGAAAUACGCUCUAAAUUAAUUCAUUUCGUUUGACAUUAUGGAUACUGAAAUAUUUGUAUAUCUCCAGGGGUUCAGCAAUAGAUGUAUGUUAACACCUCAUUAAUAAGCUUUCACUUACCCCACAUACAGUGGGGCAAAAAAGUAUUUAGUCAGCCACCAAUUGUGCAAGUUCUCCCACUUAAAAAGAUGAGAGAGGCCUGUAAUUUUCAUCAUAGGUACACUUCAACUAUGAGAGACAGGAUUUUUAAUGAAUUAACUGGUAAAUUCCUCGGUAAAAUAAGUAUUUGGUCACCUACAAACAAGCAAGAUUUCUGGCUCUCACAGACCUGUAACUUCUUUAAGAGGCUCCUCUGUCCUCCACUUGUUACCUGUUUUAAUGGCACCUGUUUGAACUCGUUAUCAGUAUAAAAGACACCUGUCCACAACCUCAAACAGUCACACUCCAAACUCCACUAUGGCCAAGACCAAAGAGCUGUCAAAGGACACCAGAAACAAAAUUGUAGACCUGCACCAGGCUGGGAAGACUGAAUCUGCAAUAGGUAAGCAGCUUGGUGUGAAGAAAUCAACUGUGGGAGCAAUUAUUAGAAAAUGUAAGACAUACAAGACCACUGAUAAUCUCCACGCAAGAUCUCACCCCGUGGGGUCAAAAUGAUCACAAGAACGGUGAGCAAAAAUCCCAGAACCACACGGGGGGACCUAGUGAAUGACCUGCAGAGAGCUGGGACCAAAGUAACAAAGGCUACCAUCAGUAACACACUACACCGCCAGGGACUCAAAUCCUGCAGUGCCAGACGUGUCCCCCUGCUUAAGCCAGUACAUGUCCAGGCCCAUCUGAAGUUUGCUAGAGAGCAUUUGGAUGAUCCAGAAAAGGAUUGGGAGAAUGUCAUAUGGUCAGAUGAAACCAAAAUAGAACUUUUUGGUAAAAACUCAACUUGUCAUGUUUGGAGGAGAAAGAAUGCUGAGUUGCAUCCAAAGAACACCAUACCUACUGUGAAGCAUGGGGGUGGAAACAUCAUGCUUUGGGGCUGUUUUUCUGCAAAGGGACCAGGACGACUGAUCUGUGUAAAGGAAAGAAUGAAUGGGACCAUGUAUCGUGAGAUUUUGAGUGAAAACCUCCUUCCAUCAGCAAGGGCAUUGAAGAUGAAACGUGGCUGGGUCUUUCAGCAUGACAAUGAUCCCAAACACACCGCCCGGGCAACGAAGGAGUGGCUUCGUAAGAAGCAUUUCAAGGUCCUGGAGUGGCCUAGCCAGUCUCCAGAUCUCAACCCCAUAGAAAAUCUUUGGAGGGAGUUGAAAGUCCGUGUUGCCCAGCGACAGCCCCAAAACAUCACUGCUGUAGUGGAGAUCUGCAUGGAGGAAUGGGCCAAAAUACCAGCAACAGUGUGUGAAAACCUUGUGAAGACUUACAGAAAACGUUUGACCUCUGUCAUUGCCAACAAAGGGUAUAUAACAAAGUAUUGAGAUGAACUUUUGUUAUUGACCAAAUACUUAUUUUCCACCAUAAUUUGUAAAUAAAUUCUUUAAAAAACAGACAGUGUGAUUUCCUGGAUUCUUUCCCCCCAUUCUGUCUCUCAUAGUUGAAGUGUACCUAUGAUGAAAAUUACAGGCCUCUCUCAUCUUUUUAAGUGGGAGAACUUGCACAAUUGGUGGCUGACUAAAUACUUUUUUGCCCCACUGUAUGUACAGUGUAGCCAGAAAUGUGUUUUAUAUAUAUACUUGUAAAACUAUUUAACUUGUUAGAUGUAAAGCAAAAUUUAAGCAGCAUUAAUGAAAGAGAUAUGGCUUCUAAGGGGUUAUUAUGGCUUCAAAGGGGCUGUUUUGCCCCUCUUAACUGCCACGGAGGCUGAGAAUCACCCGAAUACCUUCUUGUAUGCAUGCAGGUGAAUAUAGAUAUAUGUAUGAGUAAUUCCAGCAUGUCACAGCACAGGGGUUGGCAUUUCUCUGGAGGCUUUUCUGAAAGGGACAACGAAUGUCUACCACAAUUCCCCAAGAGCCCGGUGUGGGAUCCAACCAUUGUGCUGGAGUACCUUACGAGUCUACACAAGAUGCCAAACUGGAUGGGUUUCCACAAAAAAAACCCUGCCUUUUUGAGUGGGAACACUGCAUGAUCUGGUGAUGAACUCAGCUUGAAACUGGGGUGACCUUGUGGCUAAUGUGUACAUGUCACUCUACAGGGAGUGUCUCCUAAUCACGGGCAUUAUUUCAAUGCAUGCUGCUGCUACCUGGACAUCACCAUGCACUUUUCUACCAUGUUAACAUUGUCUCUCAGUGGUCCAAUUUUUGUUACUCCUAAAUUCUGAAAGUGUGUCAGUUCCUCAUGACAUUGUGGCACACAUUAUCCAGGUGAUUCUCACUGAUUCUCCCUGGCAGUUAGGACAUUUAACAUAUACCUCUAAAACACUUAAAACAUAUUCUACAUCCUUAUUGGCAUUAUUACAAUAACAGAUUAUAUCUUUGGCAUUCAAGGGACAAUUAACUUUCACAGGAUAUCUGAAGUAAUGUGAUCAGACCAAAAUUGAUCAGAAAUUUUCAGCUGAAAACUAAACGAAUAAACGUUUUCUCAGCAAAUCACAAAA